GCCCUCCAGUGCCUCCGCCCACCUCGGCCUUGCCGGGGCUCGGUCGUGUUCCCCCUGCGCCAGGCCCUACCGGGGAGAGCUGGAUUCGAAAGGCUGGGGAAUAAAAAUCCCGCCCAGCUGGCACUCUGGUGCCAUGGGGCGAGUGCUAUACAUGCAGUUUGACACACUUUUUAAAGCAUAAAUACAUUAAAGUCGAGGCUACUUCUGAUCAGCACAUUGAAUUUCAAGAGUGUAUGCAUUGAUUUUUCCAUCUAAGUAGUAGUUAUGUGGAUUUUUAUGGCCAUGUGGAACUAAAUUACUGUCUUUGCCAGCUACCUAGAAGGAAAGAAACCACUUAUCUAUAUCAUAAAUAGAAAAUUCCAACAUACUCCAUUAUAAUAACCAGAAGCUGAUGACUUAAUACGUUACCUGGAUCAAAAUCAACUUGGCAACAUUCAGGACUGAUCUAGUCUUUCAUCCAGUCCCAAGUACAGCUCCUUUCCAUCCUCUUUUCAGAUGGGUUAGGGUGGAAGGGCAGUUUGUUAUAUGCAGAACACAGACACUUACUCCUUAAACUUAACCUUGAUUUAAUGUGGGUUUUUGUUUGGAAUGGACAUCAGCAAAGGAUAUGUUGUAGUCAUUGGUGAAUCUGCGAAAUGAGGCUCUUUAGCACCAUAUGUGCAGCAUCUGCUUUAGGAUUUUUGUUAAUAGAAGUUAGCUGAUGUGUAAAUUGUGCGUGCAGUUUGUAUGAUACUUUUCUACUUCUGAUUUUACAUGAGGUCUGACUUAUAUUGUCAUUUGCUAAAGGUUUUUCUUUUGCCAUUUCCCAAAAUAAUUCAGAAGCACUGGUAUUCCUGACAGAAAGAGAUACUGUCUGCUACUGUUACAGAGAUUGAGUUCCACAAAUGAGUUCCACAUUUAUAAUCUUACCUGCGACAAACAGAGGAGACUGGGCACUAGGCUGAGAGUCCUGCUGGGAUACAAAAAUUAAUCUAAAUGAAUCUAUAAUCUGAAGGCUACUUAAGAUGUUGCUGUAAAAUGCCAAAAGGGUACUGUAAUGAAAUCCUUUGAGAAUGCACCAGGUCUUGAGGCAUUGAUGUAUGUGAAUAGAAAAUUCAGUUGUUGGCUGGGGGAGAUUUGUUCCAGCGGAGUUACCACUCAGCAUAAAGCAUAUUUCCUGUUUACAUUGCACUGACUGCAGAAAUGCAGUAAAGUUUUGGCCUUUUGGGAAUUCUGCAGAGCAAAUCAAACCCGUGCUACUGUUGUUAUACUAGGAGAAAACUAUAUUGUGGAUUAAUGUUCAUUGACAUUGUAAUACUACCACUUCAAUAGUAGUAAAAAAUGCAGAUUUCAAUAUUAGCCUGUAAAAGAUAAGAACACUGCAUACUGUUCUGAAAUUUUGUUUGAAUUUCUUUAAAUAACAAGUUAAAGGUAAUACUUAAAUCAUGUAAGUUAUUUUAAAAAGCGUAUUUAACACAAGUUUUACAAAAAUGUGUUUAUAGGUCAUUAUUUGUAAUGUAGCUGCAUCUGAAGAAAUAGAAAGCGGCUUUGUGUCAUGCUGACUAACAACAUAGGGCAUCAUUUAAUGGUACAUCAAGCAAUGAUUCCAAGAAACCUGAAGCUGUUUCCCUGCAUUUGUGGCAACAGAAUGUUGUCAGGUUACAAACCUAAAAGCAGUGUCAAGGACUCUUACAAAAUUCUUGAGCUUGAGGAAGGAUGUUCCCUUGAUGAUAUCAGAAACUCAUAUCGAAGUCUUGCCAAAAAAUACCACCCAGACAGCGGUUCUGCCACAGCUGAUUCUGAAGCAUUUAUGAAAGUAGAAGCAGCGUACAGAGUCGUGCUCAGUGAUGUGGAGACCAAAAAGAAAUCAAAUGAGAAUAAUGAAGAGGAGGAAGAUCAGUUCAAAUCAAAAGCACCACAGCAUAGACACUACUUGAGUUUUGAAGGCGUUGGCUUUGGAACACCAAGCCAAAGAGAAAAGCAAUACAUGCAGUUUCGAGUAGACCGUGCUACUGAACAAGUGUUGGAGUACCGGAAGCAGAGGCUUGAAAACCAGUGUGCUGGGGCUGACCUAAUGAAAGCCAAAGACGUGAGGCAGAGCAAAAAGGUGAAAAUAACUCAGGCAGUUGAACGGUUGGUUGAGGACCUCAUCCAGGAAUCGAUGGCGAAAGGAGACUUUGACAACCUCAGCGGCAAAGGAAAACCUUUGCAGAAAUUUUCAGACUGUCCACAUAUCGACCCAAUGACUCACAACUUGAACAGGAUUCUGAUAGACAAUGGAUACCAGCCAGAGUGGAUCCUGAUGCAGAAAGAAAUACGGGAAACUAUUGAGCGGUUAAGGAGGGGUAUAGUGGCAUCUAGAAGUAAGCUUGGAAGGCCAAUGACACCAUAUAGGCAAAAGGAGUGGAAUCAUAUUUGUGAGCAAUUUAUAGAAGAUAUCAGGAAAUUAAACAAAAGAAUUGACAACUUCAAUUUAGUUGUUCCUAUUCUGAGCAGACAAAUGGUGCACUUCAGUGCAGACAAAGAAAUUGCUCGAGCACAAAAGACUUACGAAGCUUUGAUGGAAAACAGAGAGGCUUCUAAUUCAGACACAAAGGAAAAUGAAGAGGAAAAUGUUAAAAGGUUUGGGUGGAAGUCUUCUCUAGCUAAGUGGUUAAACCUUACACUGAAAUAAGAUAAUACUACUUCAUCUGUCUUGUCAAGAUUUUGAAUGCACUUUAUGAAUGAAAAUUGUAGCACUAGAGAAAUUAACAGGUACACUGAAAAUGUGAAAUCCAGCUGUCCUCUGUUAAACCAGUGAAAAGGAAUUAGGUUGUCUGAUGUGCAUUUGCAGGUGCUUAAUUGAUUUAUUUGUGAAUAUCAUUAAGGAACAAAUAAAUUCAGUUAUCCUCUUGCAGCUCAUUUUACUUCUGCUUAAAUCAAAAAUUAAUGCUUCACUUUAACAUAAUCACUUUUGCAGUCCGUUAUCUCUUCAGAAGAUGAAACUGAGGCAUAGCAAAAACAUGUUAAGGACAAAGUGGAAGUAAAAGUCUUGCUGUGCUCUGUCAGUUGAACCUUUAUCCUUUCUUAUUUAAAUGCUUAGAGCUCAUAAAUUGUUGACAGGUUUCAUGCAUUUUUUUAAAAGUACGUUCAUCUCUUCAAGGUUAAAUGGGAAUGAAGGGAAGGUUCUGGAUGUCUGAACGUGGACUGUACAUUCUGCAGAAGUCCAUUUUUGGAUCUGGCUUUUAAGAGAAAGAAGUCUCAGAAUGCAUCUGAGCAAAUAAGGAAGACUGACCAAAACUGUAUGCUGGUCACAUGGCUCUUUGGAGGCAAGAGGAGAAGGGAAUACUAAUUUUCAAAAGUAAUUGCACGUUUAAAUAUUUCAGACUAUUAGCAUCAAAGAACUUACUGUGAAGUAUUGAAAUUUCUAGGCAAUGGCUUGGAGGGUGGGAAAAUUUCCAUGAUGCCAAAGAUUUAUUUGUCUUUAGUAACCUCUCAGCUCCCCACACAAUCUGAUUUUCCUGGAGGUCUUUGCCUUUGCAAAGGUGUGACUGGAUGUAUCAGUAUCUGUGUGAGCCCUGUUCCUCAGUCAUGCCUCUGUGACUCGGACGUCUCCACCUGUGCAGGAGCUCUGCUGUGCCCGGCCAGUCCGUAGGAAGGUGUACCACAGGCUGUGGUUAGGCCACAGAGCAGGAAUUUCCACUCUCAGGAGUUUCAGAGAUGAAAAGUAGAUGAUGGUCUCAACCAUCCUUUGGCAGAUGCCCCAGCACCAGCAGAGUCUGGGUUAAUGCGUUUGCUUUUGAGCCUGUGCUCCUUUUGGUCCUUGUGCUCUUGCUCAUCUAGAUUAGGCCUUCACAUGCAAGCAGAAUGUUAUUGAUGUAUAUUGGUAGAAUGGAUCAAUUGAAGUAUCAUUUGUCAGGGGGUAUUAUAUCAUCUAGUAAUGUAAUUUAAUGUAUUUAUUGUUAAACACUAUAGGUCUUUCAAGCCUUUGUGUUAGGGCUAGUAAGUAAUAAUUACAAGAUGUUUGUCAUGUUUUAGAAAAUAGGGCUAAUCUCAGCUUCCUUUAACACACACCUUUCUGUAGGAUUGAAGGUGGCCAAAGUAAGAAGAAUGGCAUUCUGUGCAGGCUGAUCUGUUGCCCAUAGGUCAUGCCACUGGGAUGCUUGUGCUGUGCUGUGCCCUGGUGUUAGCUGGAAGGAUUAAUGGCUAUUUGUCCAGUCUGCUGAGAUUCAGUUAGGAGGCAGGGGUACGCUUGUGGUGCAUGGAUCAGUGGGCCAGCCAGUAAUUAGUAUACUCCUCAGUGCCUCUCCCAAGUUUGCAAAGAAGGCCAGAAAUAAUGGGUGUCUUGCAGAUACAUGAGUUAAGUCCUGUAUAGUGGUGAAGUGGGAACAAAACCUACCAUGUAAGUAGCUCAAAUCAAAUGCAGAGAAAGAAAAAUCAGGUUACACAGCAGUCCUGUUUUUCUGCGAACUCAGAAUUCAGAUUGCUGUAAUUUCCUUCUUUUCUGUGAGAUACAGAUAUGAUUCACUGAGAUCGGGGUGUUAGACCUUUUGAUACCAGAAGGCUUUGACCUCGUAAGCUCCUCACUCGUUUUAGCAGCUGUGUGUAUGAAUGUCUGUUUAUUUCAAUAACUUAUCUAUGCAUUCUUGCUUUUAAUGAAAACUAAAUUAAACACACUUUUGUGGAAGUCCUUUGA